UGGCAGUCUGUUUUGUAAAGAUUUACAGCCUUGGAAACCUUACGGGGCAGUCCUACUCUCUCCUACAGGGUUGCUGUGAGUCGGAAUCCACUCAAGGCAGUGGAUUUGGUGUGGUGGCCUAUUCACGAUAUGGUCGGCUUGCCCACAUUCAUUUCAAGUGACGCCACUCUGCUCCGAGGCAUAGUGAGAAUAAGCAGGUGAUCAUAAAGGUGGAAGUAGAAGCUAGAAAAAGUUAAAGCUGAAUAUCAGAAUUAAAAAACUGCUCUCUGGAAUGUUCAGAUAAUAAGGGGGAAAAAGCUUUAAAGGCACUUUGAAAUAUUCCACAUAUGUUAAUCAAGGACCUCAAAAGCCACAGAUCUGGCAGAGUUAAACACCUCUCUAAAGUUCCAACCCAUUAAAAUCGCUGGUGGGGACUGUGGGUGUUAGCUGGAAGCUGUGCACAAACCAUUUACCCUCAUUUCUCUGGAACUUUUAAAACUUUCUGCUGAAUAACCUCUACUCUUUAUUCAGUCUGGAUUUACUUUGCCAGUUGGGAGACUGGGAUCCAGGGGCAAUGUCAGAGUUAAGUUUUAAUUGCUAAUUUCUUUACUUUUUAAGCCUACUUUUUUUUUUUUCCUAAGUUUCUGGUUUUGUUGUUGUUAGUUGCUCUUUAGUCAUUUCAGACUCGUGGUGACCCCAUGUAUACAGAAGGAAACUCCUGCUCCAUCUCCAUGGUCUUUGAUACUUUUGAGCCCAUUGUUAAGGCUAUUGUGUCAAUCCAUCUCUUGAAGGGUUUUCUUGGCUUUUGCCGACCUUCUACCAAACAUGAAGUCUUUCUUUAGCAAUUGGCCUUUCCUGGUGAUUUCUAGUCUUACUUUCCAGUAAAAUUUGAAAUGCUUUUAAUUUUUCAGUGACUUUUUAAAGAUUACAGUAUGCUACUAGCAUGAAUUUUAGAGAAAAUUUUAAUUUUUUUGUUUUAGAUUUAUUAUGCUCAGUUUUUAGAUUUUUGUUAACUUUCUGCAAAUAUACUUUAUUGUAUAUUGCUUUACAAUAUAGUAGUUUGCAGAAGGUUAACAAAAAUAAAAAAGAUCAAUAAAAUAGCCUUACCCCUCUGGAUUCCAAUCAGGGACUUAAAAAAAACAAAAACAAAUGGUGUUGCCAUCAAUUUGAUUCUGACUUCUAGUGACCCUAUAGUACAGAAGUACCCUAAGGGGGCACUUCUACUCUGUCCUAUAGGGUUUCCAAGGCUGUAAUCUUUUCCAAAGCGGACUGCCUCAUCUUUCUCCCUGAUAUGUUAUUCAGGGACUUAGGGAAUUAGCCAGCUGAAAAGUUUUAGUAAAUAAAAAAAAAUUUAGGCUGUAGUUUUACAUGGCAUUUAUUUGGUAAAUAACACCCCACCCCCACCCCCAUUCUUCAGCCAUGUCAGACGGUUGGCAUAUUACAAGGUAACUACUACAUUGUGAGUGUGACUAAAUCUACUCUGAAGCAGGAUGAUUCCUUUCAACGUUUGUUAAAUUAAAUCUAAUUAGUAUUUUGGAGUGCCAUGCAAAUCUCACAUCUGUGUUCUUAUUUGAGUUUUCAGAAGUAAAGUCACUCUAUUUAGUCUAGUGAAGAAACUAAGUGAAGAAGAAUAAAUAAAUUUAAGUAGAUUUUUUUUUUUUAUUUGUUUUCACCAUAUACUGCUGUUCAUAGCUCUUCAACUGUUCUUAAGUUUUCAGAGGAUCAACUUAGAAGGGAACUGUAAGUUCUGAGAGUCGGCUGAGGGGUAUUCUGUUCUCAUCUGUAGUGACUGUCAUGAUCCACAGUUUCUGAAGAAAUAUACCCAAAGUACUAUUGCUCUUCCUUCCAAAUUAAUAUCAGCGAUCAUUUCUGUAGGAGGGGCAUAGCAGUGAGGAAAUCCAUUAUUUGUAAUCUUUUCUUCCUCCCAGAUGAAAGCAUAUAUUAUAAACCCCUCCCCAGCUUUUAGUUACAAGCUCAUAGAAACCCAUCCACUUCAUGUGCCAGUAACUAAAAAUAAUACUUACAUAAUGGUGAAGACUGUGGUAUCGGGAGGUUCAAAGUAUCACAGAAGCAGUGUUCUGUGCAGUCCUGGGUGGAGUGGGGAAGGGCGGGGCUGUCAGAAGAGGCUUUUUAGAACAGCCAGCAGGUCCCUUGGCUUUGGAUCCUUGACUGCUGCAUUAAAAGCUGUGUUUCCCAAAUUGUACCAUACAGCCUAGUGCUUGGAGACGCUCUCCUCCCCACCAGCGCAUUUUGUGCUCAGUUUUUGGGAAUAGCGUUUCUUGGAAUUGGACUGUGGGCAUGGAAUGAAAAGGGAGUUCUGUCCAACAUCUCUUCUAUCACUGAUCUCGGCGGCUUUGACCCGGUCUGGCUCUUCCUUGUGGUGGGAGGAGUGAUGUUCAUUUUGGGAUUCGCAGGGUGCAUUGGAGCUCUCCGGGAAAACACCUUCCUCCUCAAGUUUUUUUCUGUGUUCCUGGGAAUUAUUUUCUUCCUGGAGCUCACUGCUGGGGUGCUGGCGUUUGUAUUCAAAGACUGGAUCAAAGACCAGCUGUAUUUUUUUAUAAACAACAACAUCAGAGCUUACAGGGACGACAUUGAUUUGCAGAACCUCAUAGACUUCACCCAGGAAUAUUGGCAGUGCUGUGGGGCUUUUGGAGCUGAUGAUUGGAACCUAAAUAUUUACUUCAAUUGCACAGAUUCCAAUGCAAGUCGAGAGCGAUGCGGCGUGCCAUUCUCCUGCUGUACUAAAGAUCCCGCGGAAGAUGUCAUCAACACUCAGUGUGGCUAUGAUGCCAGGCAGAAACCAGUAAGUGGAAUCUCAUUAUUUUGUCACUUAGCACAAGGGGCGUUUAGAAGAGCUCUUGAAUAUGCAGGGUGCUGUGGCAGUAUCUGUGACACUGUGCUCUCCUCUUCCCUUGUAAAGGAAGUGGAUCAGCAGAUUGUAAUCUACACGAAAGGCUGUGUGCCCCAGUUUGAGAAGUGGUUGCAAGACAAUUUAACCAUCGUGGCUGGCAUUUUCAUAGGCAUUGCAUUGCUGCAGAUUUUUGGGAUAUGCUUGGCCCAGAAUUUGGUUAGUGAUAUUGAAGCUGUCAGGGCUAGCUGGUAGAGCACCUGCAACAGCUGUGCAAGACACUGGACAGACCCAAGCCUUCCUGACCCUUUCAUGUGCUGAACUGAUGUCCAAGCUGCGUGGACCCCAAUCCCAGAGGCAUCCUUCAACCCCACCUGAUGGAG